CCAAAAAGAAAAACCGCUCGAUACAGUGUAUAGAGUAGCUUUGUUGUGUGUUAUGGCGCCACAGGGUAAAGCCGAUGCAGCCGCCGCCACCGGCAAGAAGAGAAAACGCUAUCUUCCUCACAACAAGGCAGUGAAGAAGGGUUCGUAUCCUUUGCGCCCUGGCGUGCAAGGCUUCUUCAUCACUUGCGAUGGCGGCAGAGAACACCAAGCCUCUCGUGAAGCCCUCAACAUUCUUGAUUCCUUUUAUGAAGAGUUAGUUCUUGGGGUAGAUUCAAGUGUAAAGGAGUUAUCCAACAGACCUUUAAAUACAAAAAUCACGUUUGCAGAUUCCGACUCUUCUAGUAGUGGUGAUGAUGAUGAUGAUGAAGAUGAGGAGGUGGUGCAGGAGGGAGAUGAGGAAAAGGGAGACAAAAAGCCCAAAUUGGACGAUGCCAGUCAUGACAAUGGAACUGGUGAAAAAUCAGAUACUCAUAAAAUUGAUGAUCUGCGUUCCCAGGCUGUAGAUAAAGGUAAUGAUAAUGAAGGGGUCGUUGACAAUCUGAAGACUCCGGAAAGGAUAGCUGAUGAGCUACCAGCUGUGAAACAGUGCAGCAAAACAAAUGUGCCAACAUCUGAGUUUGGUAACAAAGUGGAAAAGGAGUCUAUUGAUAGGUUAAUUGAAGCAGAAUUCAAGGAAUUAGGAGACAAGAAUAAGAGGCGCUUUGUCAAGCUUGAUUCUGGUUGUAAUGGUGUAGUAUUUGUUCAAAUGCGGAAGAAAGAUGGAGACCAAGCCCCAAAGGAUAUAGUUCAUCGGAUAGUGACAUCAGCUGCAUCAACAAGGAAACAUAUGUCAAGGUUUAUUUUGAGAAUUUUGCCAAUUGAAGUCACAUGUUAUGCUUCAAAGGAGGAAAUUUCAAAAGCGAUUAAGCCUCUUGUGGAACAUUACUUUCCUGUGGAAACACAAAAUCCACACAAGUUUGCUGUAUUGUAUGAAGCUCGGGCAAAUACUGGUGUUGACAGGAUGGAAAUCAUCGAUGCUGUGGCAAAGUCGGUUCCUGCUCCCCAUAAAGUUGAUCUCAAAAACCCUGAUAAAACUAUAGUAGUUGAAAUUGCCAAGACCGUGUGCUUGAUCGGUGUCAUUGAGAAAUAUAAGGAAUUUUCCAAGUACAAUCUGAGGCAGUUAACAUCACGUAAAGCUUGAGCCUUUUUGACAGCCUGUAUACUUGUCGUUACUUCGGAAUUUUAAUAGCUUUAACUUGUUUCUUUUAGGUCAAUAGCUUAACUAUUUACAAUUUUCCUUUUAACUGCAUGUUGAUACUUUGGUCCUUGUGACAUUUGUCAUUUUCGAAAGUGUUAGAUGACUUUUGCAGCGUCCUUCGAGUGUAGCGAGUUCUCUCAC